AUGAACGGAGAAGACCCGCCGGAGAGAACUCAGGAGAUCUCGUCCAUCAUCAACGGACUUGAGCGAUAUAACCCCGAGGCUGUCGGCGCUCUCGAGACCUACCUCCAGGACCAAUGCGAGCAGAAGUUCACUGACUGCAAUGCCAACCGAACACUACUGAAGCUGUACCAACUCAACCCUGACCGUAUCAAGGAUGAAGUCAUUACCAACGUCCUGGUCAAGACCAUGACCCAGUUCCCCUCCGCGCAGUUCUCUCUCGCUCUGCACCUCAUCAACCCCUCCUCUGCUGUCACUGGCGACCUCGGCGAAGCCAUCACCAAGCUCCGAUCCCUCAAUGGUCAACUUGAGGGUGCUCAGUACUCCCGCUUCUGGGCCGACCUCGACGACGACAUGGUUGCCGAUUUGAUUGCCGACAUUCCCGACUUUGAGGAGGUUGUCCGUCACCGCAUCGCCCUUCUUGUUUCGCAGGCUUUCCGUGAGAUCCAGAUCGGCCACCUCGAGUCAUGGCUCGGCCUCAAUGAGGACGCUACUAAGAAGUUUGUCACUGAGGUCUGCGGCUGGACUGUUGAUGCCGAAGGCAACGUCAAGGUUCCCUCAAACCCCGACAACGAAGCCAAGAAGGCUGAGAUCCGUGAGGACGUCAACGUCGAGCAGUUCUCCAGGGUGCUCCGACGGUCAUGGGAGGACACUGUUUAG